GAAAGGAGGUUGGCCGCGGCAGCUCCCUAGUUCGUCCUCACUGCCGGCCGACCCAGCUCCAGGCACCAUGUUCCCCGCGGGCCCCCCCAGGCACACCCUCCGCCGGCUCCCCCUGCUGCAGUUGCUGCUGCUUCUCGUGCAGGCCGUGGGGAGGGGGCAGGGCCGUGCCAGCCCGGCCGGGGGCCCUCUGGAAGAUGUGGUCAUCGAGAGGUACCACAUCCCCAGGGCCUGUCCCCGGGAGGUGCAGAUGGGGGAUUUUGUGCGGUACCACUACAACGGCACUUUCGAGGACGGCAAGAAGUUUGACUCGAGCUAUGACCGAAGUACCUUGGUGGCCAUUGUGGUGGGCGUGGGGCGCCUCAUCACCGGCAUGGACCGGGGCCUCAUGGGCAUGUGUGUCAACGAAAGGCGACGUCUCAUCGUGCCUCCCCAUCUGGGCUAUGGCAGCAUUGGUUUGGCGGGGCUCAUUCCCCCGGAUGCCACCCUCUACUUUGAUGUGGUGCUCCUGGAUGUGUGGAACAAGGCAGACACUGUACAAGUGAGCACCUUGCUGCGCCCGCACCACUGCCCCCGUAUGGUCCAGGACGGCGACUUUGUCCGCUACCACUACAAUGGCACACUGCUGGAUGGCACCGCCUUCGACUCCAGCUACAGUAGGGGCGGCACUUAUGACACCUACGUUGGCUCUGGCUGGCUGAUCAAGGGCAUGGACCAGGGGCUGCUGGGCAUGUGUCCUGGAGAGAGAAGGAAGAUCGUCAUCCCUCCAUUCCUGGCCUAUGGCGAGAAAGGCUAUGGGACUGUGAUCCCUCCACAGGCCUCCCUGGUCUUCCACGUCCUGCUGAUCGACGUCCACAACCCAAAGGACACUGUCCAGCUGGAGACGCUGGAGCUGCCCCCUGGCUGUGUUCGGAGAGCCGUGGCUGGGGACUUCAUGCGUUAUCAUUACAACGGCUCACUGAUGGAUGGCACCCUCUUUGAUUCCAGCUACUCCCGCAACCACACCUACAAUACCUAUAUCGGGCAGGGUUACAUCAUCCCCGGGAUGGACCAGGGGCUGCAGGGCGCCUGCAUGGGGGAGCGCCGGAGGAUCACCAUCCCCCCCCACCUUGCCUAUGGGGAGAAUGGAACCGGAGACAAGAUCCCUGGCUCCGCUGUGCUGAUCUUCGAUGUCCACGUCAUCGACUUCCACAACCCUACAGAUCCAGUGGAAAUCCAGACAAUCUUCCGGCCCCCGGAGGCCUGCAACGAGACCUCCAAACUUGGAGACUUUGUUCGAUACCACUACAACUGCUCUCUGCUGGAUGGCACCAAGCUCUUCUCGUCCCAUGACUACGGGGCCCCCCAGGAGGCAACACUGGGGGCCAACAAGGUGAUCACAGGCCUGGAUACAGGCCUGCAGGGCAUGUGUGUGGGAGAGAGGCGGCAGCUCGUGGUGCCCCCGCACCUGGCACAUGGGGAGAGCGGAGCCCGGGGGGUUCCUGGCAGCGCUGUGCUGCUGUUUGAGGUAGAGCUGGUGUCCCGGGAGGAGGGGCUGCCCACAGGCUACCUGUUUGUGUGGCACGAGGACCCUCCAGCCAACCUGUUUGAAGACAUGGACCUCAACAAAGAUGGAGAGGUCCCUCCGGAGGAGUUUUCCGCCUUCAUCAAGGCUCAAGUGAAUGAAGGCAAAGGACGCCUCAUGCCUGGGCAGGACCCUGAGAAAACCAUAGGGGACAUGUUCCAGAACCAGGACCGCAACCAUGACGGCAAGGUCACCGCUGAGGAACUCAAGCUGAAGUCAGACGAAGACCAGGAGCUGGUCCAUGAGGAGCUCUGAAAGGCAGGAAGCCCAGGCCUGGUCUCGAACGCAGAGGCCCACGUUUUAGGGGACAGUGGGCAGUGGGACUGACCUUUGAACAGUCACUCCCCUCUGCCGAGAUAAAGUCUGGGAGCCAUGAAAAAAGUUGCCAGAGGAGCCAAUGCUGGUCUUCCCAGUAGCCAUAGGUUAAAUUCCACAGUGCAGACCUCUAUUCCAUUUUUAUCCUCCAACCCCAAACUCCUUAAAGAUUUUUGGAGUUAGAAAGCCAGUCUGACAAUUAGUGGAGCCUAGGGAUUAAAAAAAAAAAAAAAUUUUUUUUUUUUUUAGGGGUUGAACAGUGCCUAGCCCCUCACCCACACCCCCACCACAUUGCCAGACACUGAGGAGACUGAGUUGAUUUAUUCCCCCAGACUCGCCCGUUAUUUACACCUCCCCUCGCUCUCCCCAACUCUCUGCCUCCAUCCCCCGUUCCUCUGUUGUGGCAGCUCCCCCAGAGUGUGGAUGAGGGCUGGGAAGACCCCUCAUCACCCUCCCUCAGCUCUGGCUGGUUCCUAGGGAAGGGGGUGGCUCCCGGAGGGCAACCCUACCUCACCCUGUCCACUCCCCCACCUCACUGCAUCCAAUAGAGGUGAGAUGACCCCAGGGUGCUGGAGGUGAGGGCUGGACUUUGUGUGGCCUUUCAUCCCUAAAGAAGUCUCCUUUCUCGAAGGGUCCAUGGAAGAGGCAGAAAAUGAAGGAGAGGUGUGAGGAAUCCUGCUUAGAUGGGUCUUCCCUUGCCAUGAGUCAAUUCGGGCUCAUAGUGACCCAACAGGACAGAGUAGAACUGCCCCAUAGGGUUUCCAAGGCUGUAAUCUUUCCAGAAGCAGGCUGCCACAUCUUUCUCCCAUGAAGCAGCUAGUGUGUUCAAACCACCAGCGUUUCAGUUAGCAGCGAGCACUUAACCACUGUGCCACAAGGGCUCCUUCAGAUGGGUUUCAGGGCUAUAGAAUCCUUGGGUUUUGUGCUGGGAUAAAUUUGAGAGGCUCAUUUGGGGCUGAGGGGUGGGAGUCAGAUCCUUCUCCUUUGUGCCAAAUAAAAGAUUAACCAAAA